UUGCAUUUCAGCAUUGUCAAGAAUUGUAUAUGUGCCGGUUAAUCUUUUAGAUAAAUGAUAAAACCUUAAAUCUCAAUAACUUUUAACAGAAUUGCAGUAAUCAUAAGCAACUAGUGUUAAAUUUUUAUUAUUAAGCUUUAGAAUGGCGAACGAUCCUGAAAGGUUUGAUUCGAUGCUGCUUGCAAUGGCACAGCAACAUGAAGGUGGAGUGAAAGACCUGUUAGCCACAAUUGUUGGAUUUUUAGCAAGAAAAACAGACUUCUUUACUGGUGGAAAACAAGGUGAAUGGGAAAAGGUGGUAAAAGAUGUGUUCUAUGAACAAGCAAAAAAAGCACAAGAUGAGGCAGAUAAGGCCAAGAAAGAAAGAGAGGAUGCUGAAAAAAGGUUGAAGGAUAUACAACAGAGGAAAGAACAAGAAAGACUGGCUCGAGAUUUUGAACCUGCUACUGUUACUGAAAUCACUGACCAGGAGGCCGAACAAAUGCAAGAGGAUAUUGAAAAAGAUAAAAAGAGCAAGACUGACUCUGGAGAUGGGGAAGGAUCAAGCAAUGAUCAAGCGCAGGCUGACAAUGCAUCAGAAGAGGAAGACGAUCCUAAAGAAAAAGGGAAACUCAAGCCGAAUGCUGGAAAUGGGUGUGACCUUGAGAAUUACAGAUGGACACAGACAUUAGAGGAGGUAGAGUUGCGAGUGCCGUUGCGCCAGGUGCUGAGGCCGCGAGACCUCAACGUGACAAUCAGCAAGCGACACCUGACGGUGGGUGUGAAGGGUCAACCCCCCAUCAUCGACGGAGACCUCGACGCAGACGUCAAGGUGGAGGAGUCGACGUGGGUGCUGCAAGACGGACGUAAUCUACUCGUCAACCUGGAGAAGGUUAACAAAAUGAACUGGUGGGGCCGCCUUGUAACAACGGACCCGGAAAUAUCUACGCGGAAAAUUAACCCAGAACCAUCAAAGCUAUCGGACCUCGAUGGUGAGACUCGCGGAUUGGUCGAGAAGAUGAUGUACGACCAGAGACAGAAGGAAAUGGGCCUGCCCACCAGCGACGAACAGAAGAAGCAAGAUGUACUUAAGAAAUUCAUGGAGCAACAUCCUGAAAUGGACUUCUCUAAAUGUAAAUUUAACUAAUUACGCGUAUGUCGUAUGGCGGACAACAUUCUCAUUCAAAUGAUUGUCGUAUGAAGACCAGAUAUUUUUUACUUACACUUGAUUUUAAAUGUGGCAUAUAAUGUAGGAUUACUGCAUUUCCUGUAUGCUUCUAUUAGCACUAUUAUGUACCUGCCUUGAAGGCGUGUGUGCCUGUAUAAAAUAAACGUUAAUUUAAAAUUA